AUGGACGAGCUCGUAGAGCAUCCGCUACUCCGCCUCUCGCCGGAGCUCGUCGACGAGGUACUUGUCCGCCUUCCGCCGGAGGAGCCCGCCUGUUUCGUCCGUGCCUCCGCCGUCUGCAAGCCCUGGCGCCUCAUCCUCGCCGAUCCAGGCUUUCGCCGCCGCUACCGCGAGUUCCACGGAACACCUCCCGUCCUGGGUUUCUUCCAGAAGGACGUUAGCUUCUUCCCCACAUCCGCCCUCCCCCCUGCCCAGCCUAACGAUCCUCGCUGGGUUCCCCUGGACUGCCGCCACGGCCGCGCCCUCUUCGCCUUCGCCCCCGCCAUCUUCGCCUUCGACCCCGCCUACCGGAACGUCGUGGAAGGGCAGACCGUUGGACUAAUCAUCUGGGACCCUCUGACGGGCCACGGGCGCCGCUUGCCCUCACCGCCGGGCGACAGUGAGCUCCAGUUCACGUUCAGUGCGGCGGUGUUCUGCGCCGCACAAGGCUGCGACCACCACGGUUGCCAAGGAGGGCAUUACCGUGUGAUCAUCGUGACCACGAAUAAGCGGCAAAACGUCACAUCGGGCCGGAUGUACUCGUCGGAGACUCGAGUGUGGGGCAAGCUCACCUCUAUUCAUCACCCCAGUGUGGAGUAUACCUAUACCUAUAACUUGGCCGCGCCUAGCGUCAUUGUGGGCGAUGCACUCUACUUCAACAUUGGUAGCAUCUUGAAGUGCCAACUUGGUACACUCCGCUUGUCAAUGUUCGAGAAGCCGAUCGAUGGCAAUGGGCGUCUCAUGACGGCGGAAGAUGGCAAGCUGGGAUUUGUUGCUGUGGUUGAUGUCACAGAUCUAACCCUAUGGUCAAUGCAGACUGGACCGGAGGGAGCCACGGGAUGGGUAAAACUCAGGGCAAUCGAUCUUAACAGGCUACUCCCUAAUGGCGCCCUGCCGGUCCCAACAUGUGAAUUUGGGAUUAGGAGGUGGGUGCGUGGAAUGCUUGUCAGUGGCGUCGCAGAGGGCACCCAAGUCAUUUUUGUGAAAACACAAGUUGGUUCCUAUAUGGUUGAUCUCAAGGCAGGGCGAGCCAGGAAGGUGUCUCGCCUUGGCAGAAAAAUCUUUCCCUACAUGAGCUUCUACAUCCCAGCAAUGGAAGCAGCCUGUAGUACUGUCCAGGGGCAGUGA